AUGUAUGUGAAAUGCUUUGAUACAGUAAUGUUUUACUAUGUUAUUUUAGUGAAUUUAGUGAAUGUAACUUUUUGUCAUUUUCAAAUUUCCCGCCGUUCCGUCCCCCGUAUGUCCCGACGUCGCAGGGGACGGAACCCAGAAGACAGAUGCCGACAUUCGCCAGAGGACAUUACAGGGGACACUACAGGAGGGACAUCGUGGGAGCGCAGGACAAGGUAAGUGAAGAAGAGAUCCCGGAGCAGCGCCUCAUGGUAAGUCUGAGUGUAGCUCAGGGUUACUGCUUUUGCUACACUCGGGAAUACCGCCAGGGAGGUUACUCU